UGGGAGGAGGAGGAGAGAAGGUGUUGGUCUCUGGGGGAGGCUGGGGGCUGCUCCCAGGGCACUCCCAUCUGGGAGGACCCGACAAGGGACUGGGGAGAAGAAGCCACUUUCCAUGGCUGAGGAAUUUCAGACUCUCAAGCCAGCUUGUUGGAGGUAGAGGGGCAUAACUCAGCCAAAUCUCCAACCAGAAACACCCCAAGAAUCUCACUGACACACCUAACCCCCUAGCCUGAAACUGCUCCCUCUCACCUUCUAUUUCUACUUCCUCCACACUGACCCCCAUUCCGACCCUCAUUUCCCAAAGACCUUGGCCUUCUCCCCUUCCCCCACUCUUGCAACUCGCCUGAUUUUCUGAGGGAGAAGACUAAGGGUCUCAGCACUCACCAUCCCCAUUCUUACAGCGCCACUCCCUCCCAGUCCCUCCCUUACUCUCCCAAGUGUCCUAGAUACUGCCUUUCCUGUUCUCUCCUUAUUUUUCUAGGAUUUCAUAGCCCUCUUCCACUUAACUGUCCCCAGGCUCUCUGAGGAAAGGGGACAGGCUGAGGGAUCCACCGUCCCAACACUACCUACACUUAUUUCUCUCACCUGUCCUAUUAAUUACCCCUUCCCGUGCCCCGCGACCCUCCCUUACUUGCUUUCCCGAAGCCUUCUAAGCUCUCUGUCUCCCAUCCCUUCAGCUCCCUGUGCUCCCCUUGAUCAUGUGUCCCUGAGUCCCCUGGAGGGGAUAGGGGGGCCCCAAUGGCCUCCUGCCUUCCAGCCUCUGGAGGCCCCACCGCCCACCUGGGUCAGGGGGUGCACCCCUGCCCUUCCGUUGCCCACGAUGGGCAAUACCACGCUGGAGGAAUGUCACGUGGACUCGAGGGUGGACCACCUGUUCCCACCCUCCCUCUACAUCAUCGUCAUGGGCAUCGGGCUGCCCACCAACUGCCUAGCCCUGUGGGCUGCCUACCGCCAGGUCCGCCAGCACAACGAGCUAGGCGUCUAUCUAAUGAACCUGAGCAUCGCUGACCUGCUGUACAUCGCCACGCUCCCUCUGUGGGUCGACUACUUUCUGCACCACGAUAACUGGAUUCACGGGCGCGGUUCGUGCAAGCUCUUCGGAUUCGUCUUCUACACCAAUAUCUACAUCAGUAUCGCCUUCCUCUGCUGCAUCUCCGUGGACCGCUACCUGGCCGUGGCCCACCCCCUGCGCUUCGCCCGCCUGCGACGCGUCAAGACGGCGGUGGCUGUGAGCUCCGUGGUGUGGGCCACGGAGCUGGGCGCCAACUCGGCCCCGCUCUUCCACGACGAGCUCUUUCGGGACCGCUACAACCACACCUUUUGCUUUGAGAAGUUCCCCAUGGAGGGCUGGGUGGCCUGGAUGAAUCUCUACCGCAUCUUCAUCGGCUUCCUCUUCCCCUGGGCUCUCAUGCUCUUCUCCUAUUGGGGCAUCCUGCGCGCGGUGCGCAGCAGCGUGUCCACCGAGCGCCAGGAGAAGGCCAAGAUCAAGCGGCUGGCUUUGAGCCUCAUCGCCAUUGUGCUGGUCUGCUUCGCGCCCUACCACGUGCUCCUGCUGUCGCGCAGCGCGGUCUAUCUGGGCCACCCCUGGGACUGCGCCUUCGAGGAGAAGGUCUUCGCUGCCUACCACAGCUCGCUGGCCUUCACCAGUCUCAACUGUGUGGCCGACCCCAUCCUCUACUGCUUCGUCAACGAGGGCGCCCGCGGCGACGUGGCCAAGGCCCUGCACAGCCUCCUGCGAUUCCUGGCCAGCGACAAGCCUCAGGAGAUGGCCAACGCCUCUCUGACCCUGGAGACCCCGCUGGCAUCCAAGAGGAACAGUGUGGGCCGCUGCAGCUGGGGAGGGGCCCUGGUCUCCCACUCCCACUCGCGAGGGGAUGACGUGCAGCUCAAGAUGCUGCCGCCCUCUCAGUGACCCUACUCCACCAGCCUCUCCGCUGGACCCCAGCCUCUGGUGGAGUCUGCCCCGUAUUGUCCCACCCCCUGUCUCUUAUGUGCAAAUGAGAUGCAAAUGAAUCUUGUGUGAAUAUCCAUAAAGUGGGCAUGAGCCAAGAUGGA